AACUAUGUGGGAGUCCAGCAAUGUAACCAUUACACCAUCUGCGGGUCCCAGAGCUCUUUUUAUAUGUUUGUAGUUUAGUUCCUGGAAGUUACAUUUUACAGUCUAAGCUGUGUAUAGGCCCACAUAAAAUGGGUUCCUUAAUGGUUGGCUAAAUUUCAGUCUGCACCUUGAAAUGGCAAGGCAGAGAUGCUGUAGGAAAGGAAUUUUCAUACUGGCCAGAAUAAACAAACAUCCAUUCUUUUUCUCUGAGGUAAAAACAUUCAAAACAUUGUGUUAGAAACAGGAGUUAGACUUAAUCUGGCUAACUUAAUCUUGGGCAGAGAGGCAUUUAAGGAAAGCCAUGUCAGAUUGCAUUGCAGUUCUGCUGGCUGAAACUCACAGGUAGGAACCUGUGGCUUCCCUGAAGCCAGUUGUUUGUAGCAUUCCUCAUUAGCAAUCCCGAUGUGCUCCAAGCUGAAUCACCUCCUAGUUAACGGGAGAGAAGAUUGCUACUCAACCUGGAGCUGCUUCCUUUUUUACCCAUUAAGGAGUGCACUUCACGGUCUUUUAGAGUCUCCAGAGUGCAGCUCACUGUGGACGGGAUUCUAACUUGGAGGAGCCAUGGAGCAGUACACAGCAAAUAGCAACAGUUCCACAGAGCAGAUUGUCGUGCAGGCUGGACAGAUUCAGCAGCAGCAGCAGGGCGGUGUCACUGCAGUCCAGUUGCAGACUGAGGCCCAGGUGGCAUCCGCCUCAGGCCAGCAGGUCCAGACCCUCCAGGUAGUCCAAGGGCAGCCAUUAAUGGUACAGGUCAGUGGAGGCCAGUUAAUCACAUCAACUGGCCAACCCAUCAUGGUCCAGGCUGUCCCUGGUGGACAAGGUCAAACCAUUAUGCAAGUACCUGUAUCUGGGACACAGGGUUUGCAGCAGAUACAGUUGGUCCCGCCUGGACAGAUCCAGAUCCAGGGUGGGCAGGCUGUGCAGGUGCAGGGACAACAGGGCCAGACACAGCAGAUCAUCAUCCAGCAGCCCCAGACAGCUGUCACCGCUGGCCAGACUCAGACGCAACAGCAAAUUGCUGUUCAGGGUCAGCAAGUGGCACAGACUGCUGAAGGACAGACCAUCGUUUAUCAGCCAGUUAAUGCAGACGGCACCAUCCUCCAGCAAGUUACAGUCCCUGUUUCAGGCAUGAUCACGAUCCCCGCAGCCAGUUUGGCAGGAGCACAGAUUGUUCAGACAGGAGCCAAUACCAACACAACCAGCAGUGGCCAAGGGACCGUCACAGUGACGCUACCAGUGGCAGGCAAUGUGGUCAAUUCAGGAGGGAUGGUCAUGAUGGUGCCCGGGGCUGGCUCUGUACCUGCUAUCCAAAGGAUUCCUCUUCCCGGAGCAGAGAUGCUCGAAGAAGAGCCUCUCUAUGUGAAUGCCAAACAGUACCACCGUAUUCUUAAGAGGAGACAAGCCCGGGCUAAACUAGAAGCAGAAGGGAAAAUUCCAAAGGAAAGAAGGAAAUACCUGCAUGAGUCUCGGCACCGUCAUGCCAUGGCACGGAAGCGUGGUGAAGGUGGACGAUUUUUCUCUCCAAAGGAAAAGGAUAGUCCCCACAUGCAGGAUCCAAACCAGGCUGAUGAAGAAGCAAUGACACAGAUCAUCCGAGUGUCCUAACCCCAGGGCUUGUGAUGGAGCUGAUCAAGAUCAUGUUCCUCACUACUGUUGCCCUCUGUUCCAGGAAAUUGAUCAACUCUUCCAAUGGGACACUGACGGUCGCAUUCUGCCCUUUUCUACAGGACAGACACCACUUAGUUUUUAAUAAGUGGCUCAGUAUUAUAAUUGCAGCGAUGUCUGGCGAAUUGAAAUUGCAAGCCUUUGCCUCACUCUUUCAGUCAGGACCUAUUUCAGACCGUUGAUGACAUUGACAUUUCAUGGAUCAGGAUGAUGGAAAGGGACACAUGCCAGUCCAGCAGUACACAGAGCACUUAACGUUUGCUGGUGAAGUUAGCCAGCCAGCUCAGCAGCGGAGAACAGCCUGCUCACCUAACUGCAGUCCGGGAGGCUGCAGCCCACUCUCUCCCAUGGAAUCUAGACAGCAUCCCUCCCUUUGGUGGGGGAUUGUAAACUGACUAACUGAAUAGACACUUUGUAUUCAGAGAUGGCUUCCAGGCAAGGAAGCUCCAUCUUUUGAUAUGGAAACAAUAAAUUCUCUGAGAUACAUUUAUGUAAUCUGUGGUAAUACUAAGAAUCUCUGUCUGCCCAGAUGGUUAGGUUAUUUUUGGACUCCAUCCAAGAAAAAAACAACUCUGAGAUAGAAUGAUAUAAGACUCAAGCACUAAAAAUAUAUAUUGCUGCAUCUUUUUUUUUUUUUUAGCUUUGACAAGUUGUGGUCUUUGUCCCUCUGUUGACAAGGUUGUCUAGACCAUAGUACUUGUGGCUUCUUCUAAGGCAAUUUAGAGCAAUUUGAACCUUGAAACUGCCUUUCCUAUAUAUAAAAUGAAACUGUUUAACAGCCUUUGUAUGAAGCAUUGAGGACAUUUGUAGUAGUUCCUAAAGAGACAACCAAAUUAGAGAUUUUCAAUCAAAGGUUUUGUGACAGCAUUUGGGGAACAGAAGGGUACACGUAUGGUUCAGCCGGGGGAGGGGGGGUUGUAUAUAUGCCCAUAGAGCAGAUGGUUCUACGGUGGAAGGAUGCCAGGAAUAGAUCAUUAAGAUCAGGAGACUUAAUUCACAUUUACACUAAACCUCUUUAACAAGCACUGGAUAGGAGAAUUCUUGAGAGUUUGUUCUUGACAAUUUCUGGAAAGUACGGUUCAGUCACGCUAGCCUGAACAUAGUCCAGGUUACCUGCUGGAGCUUGAGGUGGAUGUUGGCUUCACUCCUGCAGCACUUCAUGCUGGCCCCAGAGCAGGGACAUUCUUUUUCUCUGUGGAAGCUGGUUUCUUGGUGCCAGCUUGUUUGUUUUCCCCCUUUCUCCAUAAGACCUUGUGCAGAAGGGUUUUCCCACUGCAUCCACGUUGUGAGAAUAAACUGCAGACUGGAAAUAGAGAUUCCUGCACAGUCAGGAACUAGGCCACAGUUCCCAGAAUGGGUGGUGCCUCUAUUUCUCUUCUAGAUACUGAAUCCCAAGAGAAAUAACAUUUCAGAAGAGUUGACAACCUUCACUGGAAACAGAAGGGAAACCCAGUAAUUCUUCAAAAGAACAUUUGGAGUUAACUUAAAAUACCUAAAGUUCCUUCUUUGAUUUCACUCAGACUGUAUCAGAACAGACAGAAAUUAAGCCCACUAAAGAAAAUAUCACAAAGGGAGAUCAUUGUAAGCAAUACAAAGGAAACAGCAAAAUGUCCCCUCAGUUUGGGGAAUCUAGUGAUCUAUCCUGGCUUCCCAUUGUCAGAGGAGUGACCUUCCAUUGUCAGAGGGGUGACCUUCCAUUGUCAGAGGAGCUUUUUAGAGACUUAAAGCUCUUUAUAUGAGCGUUAUAUACUAACUUUAUUUAGUAAACCCUAAGUUUUUUCAGAUGACAGAUUACUAAAAACAAUAAGGUAUUUUUAUCUCUUCACAACCAAGUUUCUGGGACCUGAUUUCAAGUGCUUAAACCAACAACAGUUCUAAAAUGUUAUUUAUUUGUGUGUAAGUUUGUACAUAGUAAUACCAAUCUCAUUGUGUUUUGUUUUUUUGUUUUUUUUUAAGAGAGGGUGAGUUUGAAUUUUGUUUGAAAUGCUUCAGUUGUGAUUUUUGUUACUGCCUUUCAGAUAGCUCAUGAUCCUUUUAUUGUCAUUUUAGAACAUCACAUUGGCCCACAAGUGAGGGCAGGGAAGUUGGUGUUUUGAUUUUUUUCCUUUGCUACUAGUUCUUUUACUCAUUUGUCUUUGUGGCUGUAGUGAUGGCUUCAGACAUGCAGAAGGAGUGAAUGGAUGGAUGAGUUAUCAGUUUAAUGCAUAGUUAAUGUCAUUUCCUGAGUGCUUUUUAUUUUUGUAGGAUAAUUUUAAAUGUGUCUAUUUUUAAUUGCACUGAUACGUUGAACAUUUCGGUGUCUAUACCACUGGACCAACAGAACAUUUUCUGGCUGUAGGGUGCCUGAUGAUAAUGUCUUGAUUUUACCUUAGGACUCAACUAUAUAAAAGGAUUUCCUCCCAGCAGUAGGGGGAAUACAGGUGAUCGAUCAUUGAUGUCAUUUGCAACUGUUAUUUUUUAAAAUAAAUAUAUAAAAAAGU